CACAGGUCCCUUUUCUUUGGCUACCACAAACUUGACCUUUCGAUUAUUAUAGUGUAAUAAUAUUGCCGCGUCGGACGCGCGGGACGGCGACUCAAGUGUAUUGUUUUAAAAAACUUUAUCGUAAUUGAUAUAAUGAUUCGAGCGUCCUCCGUCCUUCUAGUCAUUGCUUUGCUAGCGCCAACAAAUGAACAGAGCAUACCAAUAUCGCCAUGCCCCAAUGUAUUCCAGUAUGAACAGACUGGAUUCGAGCCAGGCCAGUGGUAUGGCGUUGUUAACCUGUCCACAGACAGCACUUUACAUUCGCUGUGGCUGAAUAUUGUGCUGGACAGCAAGGCGAAUAUAUUGGGGAACUGGGUCGGUGAUGUAACCACAAACGAUAACAUAGACUUCAAAAUCGAGAACACAAACAUGAAGAUCCACCCCGGCCCUGCGGUGGCCGUGCGCUUUUUCGUCAGAUACGAUAAACUGAGCAAAGCGCCCAGACUAAAAGCUAUUCGACUGAACGGCAGAGAGAUCUGUAACGCCAACAACCCGCAGCCAGCUGUCGACAGGCCUGAUAUAGUUUCCACUCCAGAAAUAACUGCUUCACGACCGGACAGCAGUUCAAGACCCGAUACUAGACCACUCGAUCGACCAGUUGAUCGACCAGUUGACCGACCAGUUGACCGACCGGUUGACCGACCAGUUGACAGGCCAGUAAAACGGCCAAGUGUGGAGAGCCGACCAGUUGACCGACCUGAAUCCAGACCAGACCAAAGCAGGCCGAAUGUUAGGCCGGAAGAUGUAAUCACAAAGCCUGUGUAUGGCCAGCCUUCAGGAGAAGGUCCGGUAUACACUCCUACCAGGAAUCCACCAAUACAACAAAGCAACGUGAAUCCUUAUAGCAUUAACAAGGGUGGUAGCCAGGCGCAAAUCGUAAAUGAGCGGCCUUACCAGAUCACCACUUCAACGUACCGGCCCAAGGAUGAUGAUGAGGAUGACAGGAAGCCAGACCCUAGCGACUAUUUCGAGGGAGGUCAACCCACCUUUAUCGUACCAGGUUCGAGUUCCAGCAGUAGCAACGAAUAUUCGGAUAACAAUAAUCGGAAUACAAGAGACCAAUGUGGCAAGGUUGUUAGAAACAACCCCAACCCCUUGGUGGUGAACGGGAAACCUACUUUGGAAGGGCAAUGGCCGUGGCAGAUUGCUUUGUAUCAAACGCAGACGGUAGACAACAAAUACAUUUGUGGAGGUACCCUCGUGACACACAAGCACAUCAUCACUGCAGCCCACUGUGUUACACUCAAGGAAUCGAGUAGGGUAGUCAACAAGAACACCCUGACUGUCUACCUGGGUAAACACAAUUUGAGGACUUCGGUGGAGGGAGUACAGAUCAGAUUGGUAGCAGAAAUCACAGUGCACCCACAAUACAACGCAUCCUCCUUCAGCAGGGACCUCAGCAUCUUGAGGCUGAGAGAAUCCGUGCAGUACACGGACUUUGUGAGACCAGCGUGCUUGUGGCCAGACAACCAAGUUGAUUUGAACAACGUCAUUGGGAAGAAGGGAUCGGUUGUUGGCUGGGGCUUCGACGAGACAGGCGUAGCAACAGAAGAGUUGACCCUGGUCGAGAUGCCCGUGGUCAACCAGGAAACUUGCAUUCGUUCCUACAGCGAAUUCUUUGCUAGGUUCACCUCAGACUAUACUUAUUGCGCCGGAUAUAGAGAUGGUACAUCAGUUUGCAACGGCGACAGCGGCGGCGGUAUGGUCUUCAAGAUGCACGACAUUUGGUACUUGCGCGGUCUUGUAUCACUGUCUGUGGCCAGGCACAACGAGUUCAGAUGCGACCCCACACAUUACGUUGUCUUCACCGACUUAGCCAAGUUCUUGCCUUGGAUCAAGGACCAUAUAAGCGACUAUUAAACGGCCUUAAAAUAUAAUUAGAUAACCUGAGGUAGAAGCGGCAUACGCGUAAAAACAUGUUCUGUUUGAAGUCAGUUAAUUUAGCUUGGUUGCGUUUAGUCGGUUAUGUUGCUAACUCUUUUCGGAUAAUGGUUUAAAUGUAUAUUCUAUCUUUGUCUAACGUGGAACGGCUUUAACUGCUAGUUUGUUCGCAUAUACCGUUUCUACGUCAAUUUAUGUAUCCUAAGUAAACAGCGCCAUCUUUUAUCGUGAUUCGUAACUAAUGUAUUAGAAUUGACCGUCUGAGAUUAUUAAAUAAAAUUGUAAAUCGAUUCUUGGGUGAUAAGCUUGAGCUUAUUGUUCUAACUGCACUUUGCCCUUAAAAGCUCUCUGUUUCUUAUGAAUUAAAAUAUACGUAGUAAAUUUUAAGACAAGAUCGAAGUUUCUAUCAAAGCCUAUUUCUAGACCUUAUGCACAGAAAAUUGUGUUUUAAAUAACUUUUUUUAUUUGCUCAAAAAAUUGACUGUUUAAUUUAUAACAGACCUUAUAAUUAUUAAUACUGUUGUAAG